GUGGUUUUCACACGAAAUGUGGCGUCCUUCAUGAGCAUCAACACACGCAACAUGCUGUAUGAGCGCCGCUACGCCAUCUAUUUUGAGAGCGAGGCGGUGAUGAGGGCUUAUGACCUACUGAUGGAGCACUCCUGCCCCCUCUGCAAGGACAUCCCUCCUUUUAAGAACUUCGUCAUGCUCAAGGACCACAUGCGUAAGAGCCAUGAACUCUUCUACUGCGAGCUUUGUGUCGACCACCUCAAGAUCUUCACAGGGGAACGUAGGUCAUACACUAGGAGCCAGUUGGCCCAGCACCGGCGCAAAGGGGACACUGAUGACACCAGCCAUCGGGGCCAUCCACUGUGCGAGUUCUGCGAUGCUAGGUUCAUGGACAACGAUGAACUCUUCCGGCACCUGCGGCGUGACCACUUCUUCUGCCACAUCUGUGAUGCUGACUCACUCAAUACUCAUUAUUAUGAAGACUACAGUGCCUUGCGAGAACAUUUCCGUGCAGAUCAUUAUCUCUGUGAAGAAGGAGGAUGCCAAGAAGAGCAGUUUACAUCAGUAUUUCGCACCAAACUUGACCUCCAAGCUCACAUGGCACAGAAUCAUUCAUCGAACCUGAGCAAGCAACUGCCCGACGGGCCCGUACGCUGGACAUAGAGUUCACGUUGAACCACCGGCAGCAAGACAGCACCCGCCAUGAUGAGAGGGGAAUGAGGGAGGCAGGGGGGGCCGAGAUGGACGGGGGAGAGG